AUGGCUGAUGACAAGCCCGUCACUGCGCCUGCCGAGGCUGGGAAGCCCGAGCCCACCUCGGCCGACAAGCUAGAGGUAUCCGAGACUGUCGCUGCCUCUGACGAGAACCCUACUGAACCCGCGAACACCACCGAUGACAAGAAGGAGCCCGAAGCUGAUGGUGAAGAACCCGCUGCAUCCGGCGACGCGACGGAGCCCAAGGGCGACGAUGAAAACGCCGCUGCGCCUGCCGAUGCUGAAGAUGGUGCCCCGAAGACAAAUGGCACUCCUGCAUCCGCCAAGAAGUCUUCAAAGGACCGACGCCGCUCCAGCGGUGUCGGCGAGAAGUCCAAGUCACUGAGCCGCAAGAAGUCACAAGUCCGCAUGACCCAGCUGAACGCGAAGCCGGGCGAGUACUACCUGGCGCGCCUGCGCAGCUAUGCGCCUUGGCCCUCCAUCAUCUGCGACGAGGAAAUCAUGCCCAAUACACUGCUUGACAAUCGCCCUGUGACCGCGAUGCAAAAGGAUGGAACCUACCGCGCCGAUUACGCCGAUGACGGCAAGAGGGCACACGAACGAACUUUCCCCGUGAUGUUUUUUGGGACCAACGAAUUUGCCUGGGUCCCCAACACUCAAUUGACUCCUCUCGACCCUGCUGACUGCAAGGAUAUCUCCGAGAAGAACAAGGCCAAGGGGCUAAUCGCCGCCUACAAGGUUGCCGCAGAGGGCCACGACCUGCAACACUUCAAAAAUCUAUUGGCAGAUCACCAGGCUGCUUUGCAGCAGGAGAUUGAGGAAGCCGAGGCCGAGGAGAACGCAAAGGCCACAGCCAAGGCCGAAAAGGCGAAGAAGAACAAGCGCAAGAGCAAAGGUGCUGAAACCGACGUUGAUAUGGAAGAUGCAGAUGAGAAGAAGCCCAAGAGCUCGAAGAAGCGAAAGAACGAGGCCGAAACCGAGGCAGAGAAGCCCGCCAAGACCCCCAAGACCUCUACUAAGCUGAAGUUGACCACUCCAAAGGCGCCCGCCGAGGAGAAGAAAACACCUGCCAGCAAAACCAAGAAGGCGCCGGCCAAGAAGGGCAAGGCUGCUGCCAAAGAUGACGAGGAGGCUGUUGAGGCCAAGGAGCCGGAGAAGCAGAUCGACCCCGAGGAGCUGAAGAAGAAGAAAGAGAAAGAGGUUCUCUUCCUUCGUCACAAGCUUCAGAAGGGAUUCAUCUCCCGCGAUGCGCCGCCCAAGGAGGACGAGAUGGCCACAAUGAGCACCUAUUUCGACAAGCUGGAGAAGCACACCGACUUGGAAGUUUCGAUUAUUCGCUCAACCAAGAUCAACAAAGUUCUGAAGAUGAUUGUGAAGCUCAACACAAUUCCCCGCGAUGAGGAGUUCAACUUCCGUCAACGUGCCAUGAACAUCCUGUCGAGCUGGAAGACUGUUUUGGACUCCGAUACCCCCGUGGGUGACAAGGAUUCCAAGCCCACAGCCAAUGGAAGUUCCAAGGAAGACGAUGGCGCAGACACUCCCAAGCUAGAGACUGAAGAGGAGAAGGAGCCUGAGACCAAGGCUGCCAGCGAAGAUACCCCCAUGCCCGACGUUGACGCGGACAAGCCCGAAGAGACCGAGACCGAGAAGGAGACCACCGAGGUUGAUAAAUCCGAGGAGAAGACCGUGGAGGCUAGUGCCUAA